UUUUUGCGGACUAGUGUUUUGGGGUUUGGGGACAUUUUUUGACAUUUUCUUGUGGACACUUUUUGUGGGCUUUUAUUCUUUUCCAACACUUUUUGGGUGUUUUUCCAGGGCAAUUCCCGGGGAUUUUUAGGUGACAUUUUCUUGUGGACUUUUCUUGUAAAAUUUUUGAGGACAUCUCUUGCGGACAUUUCUUGCGGAUUUUUUCUUGUGGACAUUUUUUGCGGACUCGUGUUUUUGGGGUUUGGGGACAUUUUCUGACACUUUUAUGCAGAAUUUUAUUUUUUGACAUUUUUUGCGAACUCUUUGCGGACUUUUAUUUUCCAGGAUUUAUUUUUUCCGACACUUUUUGGAUGUUUUUGAGACUUUUUCUUGGUCCCUUUUUUGUAAAAUUUUUGCGGGCAUUUCUUGUGGUUUUUUUCGGAUUUUUCUUGCGGACAUUUCUUGCGGACAUUUUUUGUAGACUGGUGUUUUUGGGGAUAUUUUUUGACAUUUUCUUGCGGGCACUUUUUGGGGUUUUUGCGGACUUUUAUUUUUUGGACUAGUGUUUUUGCGAACUUUUUUUCUUGCGGACAAGUUUUUUGCGGAUUCCGCAGGAAUUUGCACACCCUUUCAAUUGCCAUUGAUC